UAGUCACACAUGCGCACUAAUCCAAGGGGCGUGGUUUAUAACUGCGCAUGCGCUUUGCGACCAUGACUGAGAAGCAUAGUUGUGAGUUGAGGGUUCCAUUUGAACAUGAGGGUGAGGCUGAGGUGGCGUAUAAUACUCUGAAGGUGGAUCCUGAGCCCCCGAGGUCAGGGGUAACAAAGUCAUUUCUUCUGGAGAAGAAUAUGCUCAUUGUCACCUUCGAGGCUGAAGAGGCGAGAAAGCUAAGAGUGGCAGUUGGCUCGUCUUUCGACCUCAUCUCCCUUGUCGUGGACACAAUCAGAGAAUUCGGGACCACACCUCCUACUUAGUGAUAGAAUGUGCCAUCAUUAUCAUUGUUACUAAAAAUAUCCCCUCCUUACUUUUAUAUAUAUAGUUCCACGUGCUUUUGGUGCUGAAUUUUG